AUGUUACGGAAUUGCCCUCAUCACGGGAUCCAACUUUGGGAAAUGUUGAAUGCGUUUCAUGAAGGGUUGAGUUCGGAGGAUGCACGGGAUCUAAUGUCGAUCACUAAUGGUACAUUCGGUACGAAUUAUGAACAUGUUGAUUGGGCAUUUUUAGAACAAAUGGCGGUGAAUUCGAAGAGGAAAGCUCAAUCUUCAAGGCGGACAAGGCAUGUGAGACAAAGGCCACAAGUGCAUGGAGUAGAGAGCCAUACGUCGGAAGUUGUUGUAGUAGGGGUGGUUGAUGAGCAAGUAGAGGAAGUCAAUGCAAUUCAAGGAGGGGGUGGUCGAAAUUUCAACAUGAACUCCAACAUAUACCACCCCGGGUUACGAAAUCAUCCUAAUUUCCGUUAUGGUAAUGCGGCGAACCAAGCUAACCCAAACUUUCAAGGAGCUCAAGGUAACUUCGCACCUCGUCAACAAUACAAUCAAGGCAAUUAUCGGGGUGGAAACAACUAUGGUUAUCAAGGGCAAUUUCAACAAACGGGUCAAGGUGGUUCGGGUCAAAGCUCAUCAAGCGGGAAUGAAGUCAUGGAUAUGCUUCGGGCUAUGCAACAAGAUAUGCAAAAGCGGAAUCAACUUGAUGAAGCCCGGAUGCAAAAGGAUGAAGUUCGUGACAAGAGCAUUCAAUCACUAACAACCCAAAUGGGUCAAUUAGCGACCGACGUGGCGGAGUUGAAGAAGAACAAGGGUCAACUUCCUAGCGACACUAAGGGGGUAGUUGAGGAUGUUACGGGUAAUGAGAGUGAUGAUGAAGUUUCACCAGUUAAACCUAAAGAAUCAAAUGUUAACAAACCGGGUUUGGGUAAAAAUGAAAAGAGUGAAAAAGUUGAGGGGGAGUCGAGUCAAGUUCCAUUUCCAUCGGCUUUACUUGACCCGGGUAGGAAAAAUUUUAUUGCAUCAAGAGGUCCCCAAAAAGAAGAAUUGUGGGACAUGUUUAAACAAGCAACAAAAAAAAAAAUGCCUAAGCGGGUAGACUUGACCGGGCAAGUAAGUGCGGUUUUGAACGGGGAGCUUCCCUCUAAGCUCAAAGAUCCGGGUACGCCAUUGAUAAAUAUACAAGUUGGUAAUUUUCAAAUGGCAAAGGCGUUACUUGAUCUUGGAGCCGGGGUACAUGUGUGUGCACUAGGGGUUGAAGAAGAAAAGCAAGAUGCUAUGGCUUUGAAGGAAGGUCGACCACCAUGGACUCACCAAUUCGAAAGCUUGCCGAUGGAAAUAAACUCGGGUACUAGACCAUCAUUAGAAGACCCACCAAGUUGGAGCUCAAAGACUUGCCAAGCCAUUUGA